UGCAGGUCAACUCAGUCAUGGGCAGAACAGUUUCCAUACCAGGCGGUGAUGCAACCUGUUAGGAUGCUCUCCACAGCUGAGGAAUAGAAUGUCUUCAGGAUGGAGGGUGAGACCUUGAAUUUCCUCAGCCUUCGGAGGAAGUAGAGCCUCUGUCUGGACUUCUUUAGAGUGUGCUGAGUGUGAAGAGUCCAGGAUGAGCAACGAUGACAUGAAUCCAGCUGCAGAAGCGCAUCCAGUAGAGGAUGUGCAAGGGGAUGGUCGGUGGAUGUCACAGCAUACAAGAUUUGUGCAGGAGUGUAAGGAUGCAGAACCAGAUGUACUGUUUGUGGGAGACUCCAUGGUACAGCUUAUGCAGCAAUAUGAGAUCUGGAGGGAGUUGUUCUCACCUCUUCAUGCGCUCAACUUUGGCAUUGGGGGGGACACCACUUGUAAUGUACUGUGGAGGCUGCAGAAUGGAGAACUAGAGAACAUCCGACCCAAGGUGGUGGUGGUGUGGGUAGGAACCAACAAUCACCAACACACAGUAGAGCAAGUCGCAGGAGGAAUUCUUGGUAUUGCACAGCUUCUCACCUCCCGCCUCCACAAGGCAAAAAUUGUCGUGCUGGGUUUGUUGCCACGAGGUGAGCAGCCCAACCCACUGCGGGAGAAGAAUGCAGCUGUUAAUGGAUUCCUGCGCUCGUGGCUGCCUCGAUUGGGCCAGGCCCAGUUCCUGGAAGUCGGUGGGGAGUUUGUGCACUCUGAUGGAACCAUCAGCCAACAGGACAUGUUUGACUUCCUACACCUGACAUCAGCGGGCUACCGCACCGUGGCCAAGCCCCUCAGCGAUCUACUUCUGCAGAUACUGGAGGAGAUGCCAGAGGAGAGAAGGGCAUCAUUGGUCUGAGGGCAUGUGGCUGAACAGUACAGCCAGCCAGAGGCAUGCCUCACCUACUGCUGUGGGGGAGGGGAGGGAGAGACAUGCCCCUGGUGUCUCUAGGAGAGAGGGCUCACUCAUAGGAGGGGACUGAGACAUGAAAAUAGGGAGGGAGAGAGAGAAUAGUCUCCCUGGUAUGGGUGGGCCCACAAGAGGGAGUGUGGAAUCACAUGCAUGAAUCUCUUCAGGUCAGGGUUGGGAGUGGAGAGGUGCCAAAGAGGGAGAGAGACUACACUUACAGAUUUAGACACUGUGACUGCCGUGGUAGCACUAGAAGGUGAGGUCUGACAUUUUUGAAGCAUAGACACAUACAGUAUGCUGAGAUCCUGGGAGACCACUGUGGCUUACACAGCUUUACUAAAAUGCUCUAAAACGUAAAAAUGUUCAUUGUGCUGACGGAAAUCAGGUUUACGAAGACCAACACAGAACACACCAAAUCAUACAUAACAGUGAACAACAUACGGAACAAGUCGUCAUUUAAUUGAUGAUCACAGUUAGAUGUUGGUGUACAAGUAAAGGUCUUUGCAGAGAGUAUGCAUUAUACUCGUAUGUAUGCCAUCACUCGUUAACAGCAUUCACACUAGAGUUUUGAGUCUGGCUACUAUUUUCAUAGAGAAGCUGCUCUGGAGAAUUUACAUUUGUUCACAUUAUGCAUGGCAGUUGGCAGGAGCAUGUUGUGCAAAAUUCACCUUACACUUUGACAUUAAGACCAAUCAUGCUCAGUAGUAACCAGAAUAUUACGAUAAAAACAUGCAAAUUUACCAUAGCCCGAAUUUUGCCCCAAUCUACAUUGAUGUUCAUGCACAGCAGUAGAUAUGGUAAGCCCAAUGACAAAGCCCAAACUUGAAUACUUUUUGGUCAAAGACGUAUGAAUUGAAGUUAUAUUCCUUUCCGUAUACAAAUGCAGUCCAUAAAAGGCUUCCAGACAUUUCACGAGGUCAGUAACCUCUCAACAUUUCAGCCGUUUAGCUACCUUCCAAAAAUCAGAUACCUGCUCUGUUGUGAUGUCAACUAAACAUACUCGGUGGUAUAUAAACAAGGCCUGUCAGCUCAGAUGUUUUAAUGUCUCCAUGCGCUGCGUGCACAUUACCAUGUUUUAUUUGAUGUGCAAUUUAUCUUUGCUUACUAAAGGUGCUAUCCCCAAGCCAUGUCAGGCUACUUGUUACCUCUGCAUCAUGGCCUGGAUCUCUGUUGGCAGAACCAGUGCACUUAUUCCAGCGGCUAGAUUUACAGUACUGUCACGUUAUCUUCAGAACUUCACCUUGCAUUGUACAUCAGUAAGCGUUAAAUUGGUAAUUCUCUAUUUGCGUGGGACAUUAUAAAUACACACACAAUGUCUCGCUAAAGUCGACACGAACAAAUUUGACUUACCCUGUACCUGCAUAGAAAUGCUAAACAAAUAUGACAACCGUAGACAAAAUAUUUCUAGCAAAGGUUCUCUCUCCCUCUCCCUCAAUGUGUAGAUCUUUUAAGAUUUUUCUCUUUCUUCCAUACUUAAGCACCUCCUAAUGCUGUCACCUACCCACUCUUUAUCUCUGGUCCUGUUAUGUUGUAUGUGUAGUAGAACCUCAUUCAGCCCCUGUCCCCAGCACCUGCAUCCUAGUAUAUUACAUAGUUGUUGAAUAUUUUUAAAAAGUAAAAGUAGCAUCAUGGUGAAGAUACUGACACAUAUUGUCUUUAUUACACUAAACGCUGUAAAGCUAUCACAGGUCAUGCAAAGAA